AUGUGCAAUAAAAUACACCGGCUUAGGCAACAGCAGCAAGAGCAACAGCAGCAAGAGCAACAGCAGAAUGAAGAAGAAACCAUACCUCAAGAGAUUAGAAGAGCCAGAAGAGCUAGAUAUAGCAAACUAAACCUAAAUCUCUUGAGUGAUGGUACUUGUAUAUAUCUAUUUCAUUUUGCUUUGAGUGAAAUUGAGAGAAUAACAACAGCACUCAGAUUGGGUCAUGUGUACCAUUUUUCAAGUAUACAAGUCCGUAAGAACCUUGACUUUGCAAUGUUACUCAAUUGGUACAGCUUUCUAAAACACUUAGGUGACAUGUCUAUACUUUUUGGAAUGAGUGAAAGCAAUGUAUCUGUAGUUUGCCAAGAAUUUGAGAGCAUUGUUAUGAACCAGAUUAAAUGGGGACUUCAAUUCAAUAUUAAAUAA